GGGAUUUGUCAAGAAUAUUUGUGGAAGCAGGCAGGAUAUGUAAAGAAUAUCUGCAGGAGUGGGUGGGAUUGAUCAUGACAGUCUGCAGAAGCUGGUAGGAUUGGUCUAAGAGUUUCUACAGCAGUGACAGGGAUUGGUCAAGAGUUUCUUUGGUAUUAAGCAGCACUGGUCAAAAGUAGGAAGGUCAAGAGUGUAUCUCAUAAAUUAAUUGUUACUAUAGAAGAAAAUUAAGAUAAAAACAACAUUAUAUACUUGUUAUUUGUGUUUAAUUUAGUCUUUGUGCAUAAAUAGAUCCCACAAUAAUACCAUUGAAUGGCUAUGAUUGGUCAUAUCAUCUUGCAGUUACAAGUGAAGCAGAAACCUAAAAUGGGCUGCAGUUGGGAAGUGUUGUUCAUUCAGCUGGCUUACGUAGACCGUAGCUAAACGUGUGUGAGUGUGUGUGUGUGUGUGUGUGUAUCACUCCACACACAGCCUUACUCCGGCAGAGGGAAUCUGCUCUGUGCAGAGCACACAAUUUUGCUUCGGUCUUUGUGUGCAUGGAAGUGUGUGUGUGUGUGUGUUUGUGUGUGAGGACCAUGCUCCAACAUGUUGUGUGGACUGCGGAAAGAAGUAAAGAACAGCGUUGAUGAUGGGCCUUACUCUAAAGGCAACAAGGAAUCUUCAGGGCCUGAUAGUUCCCUUAUCACCAGAAGACAGAGCAUCCCAGAAGAGCUGCGGGGAGUGACACUGGUGGAGCUGAUUAAGAAAGAGGGCAGCACACUAGGCCUCACCAUCUCAGGAGGAACAGACAAAGAUGGCAAACCUCGUGUCUCUAACCUCAGACCAGGAGGCUUAGCAGCCAGGAGUGACCAGCUGAAUGUGGGCGACUAUAUAAAGUCGGUGAACGGCAUCAAUCUGACUAAGCUGCGUCACGAUGAGAUCAUCAGCCUGCUGAAGAACGUGGGCGAGCGUGUUGUGCUGGAAGUGGAGUAUGAGCUGCCUCCAUCCGCACCAGACAGCACCUCAGGUGUUAUAUCAAAGACAGUUGAGAUCUGUUUACACAAAGAGGGCAAUAGUUUUGGCUUUGUAAUGCGGGGUGGCGCCCAGGAAGACUGGCACAAGUCUCGUCCGUUAGUAGUUACGUACGUUCGGCCAGGAGGUCCUGCUGACAGGGAGGGCACGUUGAAGGCAGGUGAUCGGCUCCUCAGUGUGGAUGGUGUGCCCUUACACAGUGCCAGCCAUAGUGAAGCCCUUACUGUGUUGGCACAGUGUAGCCAGGAGGCCAUUUUCCAAACCGAAUAUGAUGUGACUAUUAUGGAUUCAGUAACAAAUGCUUCCGGCCCACUGCUGGUGGAAAUAGCUAAGUCUCCAGGGGCGAGUCUGGGCAUCACGUUAACCUCUGCCACAUACAGGAACAAACAAGUUAUCAUCAUCGACAAGAUAAAAGCUGCCAGCGUGGUCGACAGAUCAGGAGCUUUACAUGUAGGUGAUCACAUCCUCUCCAUAGACAGCACAAGUACAGAGCAUUGUACCAUGCUGGAGGCCACUCAGCUAUUAGCCAGCACUUCAGACGUGGCCAAGCUGGAGAUCCUUCCUGCUCAUCAAAUGCGAUUGACCAGCAAAGCUCAGGACACUGUGAAGGUCCAGAAAAGUGACCACCCACAUUCCUGGGACCCGUGUGUCAACUACUGCCAUUCUCAGCACCCUGCUCACUGUAAGACUCCCACAUGGCUGUCCACCUCGAGCAAUACAUCCAGCACUCAGGACUACUGCAAAUUAGCUGUAGUCUGCACUAAUUUCUCCCCCGCCUCCACCACUACAUCAGGCAUGACGAGUCAAUCAUCCAGCACUUUGCCCCGCACUCCACAUCCCAUGAGCCCCCGCAACUCCAUGCUCAAGAGGAGACAGAGAAAAAAAGAACACAAGAGCUCGUCAGUCUCUCUAGCUUCAAGUUCAGUGGGUCCUGGAGGUCAGAUAGUUCAUACAGAGUCCAUCGAGGUCACUCUUACAGGAGAUCCGCUGAGCGGCUUCGGGGUUCAGCUACAGGGGGGGAUUUUUGCCACCGAGACGCUCUCCACGCCGCCUGUGAUCCGAUUUAUAGAGCCUGACAGCUCAGCUGAAAAGUGUGGGCUGCUCCAGGUUGGCGACCGUCUCUUGUCAAUCAAUGGUAUUCCCACAGAGGAUGGAACGAUGGAGGAGGCAAAUCAGCUGCUCCGAGAUGCUGCUCUGACUAAUAAGGUCACCCUGGAGAUUGAGUUUGAUGUAGCAGAGUCGGUGGUGCCCAGUAGCGGCACCUUUCAUGUCAAGCUGCCAAAGAAGAGAGGAGUCGAGCUCGGGAUCAUAAUCAGUGCCAGUAAAAAGCCCGGCGAGCCUCUGAUCAUAUCCGACAUAAAGAAAGGAAGCAUGGCUCACAGAACAGGGACAUUGGAGCCCGGAGACAAGCUGCUGGCUAUAGAUAACAUUCGACUGGAGAGCUGUUCCAUGGAAGAUGCAAUGCAGAUCCUUCAACAGAGCGAAGACCUGGUCAAGCUCAAGAUCCGCAAGGAUGAAGACAACUCUGAUGAGCAGGAGACAUUAGGCUCCAUUAUCUACACAGUGGAGCUGAAGCGAUAUGGUGGACCCCUGGGCAUCACCAUCUCAGGCACAGAGGAGCCCUUUGACCCCAUCGUCAUCUCAGGCCUCACCAAGAGAGGUCUAGCUGAAAGAACGGGGGCUAUUCAUGUUGGAGAUCGAAUCCUUGCCAUUAACAAUGUGAGUCUGAAAGGCAAACCUCUGAGUGAAGCCAUCCACUUACUUCAAAUGGCUGGCGAGAGCGUGACGCUGAAAAUCAAAAAGCAGAUCGAUGUGGCAGAUGAGAGGAAGAAGAACAAUAUAGAUCUUGAUAACGAUCUCAGCGAUAACGACGACUCGGAAAUGACGGAUUCUCAGAAGACCAGUAAAUUGUCAGAGAUCUAUUCCACCACCAUUCCCAGCGUGGACUCCGCUAUGGAAUCAUGGGAUGGAUCCACUAUAGAUGCUAGUUAUGGGAGCCAAAGCGGUUACAGCCACCAGGUAGCAGGUAUCGCCUUACAUCCACACGAGUGGCGCAGUGCCAAGAACAGGAACAGCACCCCCCCUCCUGGCCACCGCAAGAACUACCUGCUGAGUGAUGGAGGAUUCAGUGAGGAGGACUGGGACAAGCAUGCUGGAUUUGCCAGCCAGACUCCUGCUGAUGGCAUCAUGCUGGACCACGAGGACAACUUCUGGUGCCAGGCUCUGGAGGACUUGGAGACAUGUGGGCAGUCAGAACUCCUUCGUGAGAUCGAGGCCUCAAUAAUGACUGGCAGCACUGUGAGUUUGGGAGUAGAGAGCACCAAGUCUCAGAGCGAAUCAGGGAGCCAGGCCAACAUUAGCCCCCUUAGAAAGAGCUCACAUCUUCGCAAUGAGGCCAAGAGCAAGAGCACGCUACGCAUGUCGGAGAAGACCUGGGAAUCACGGAGGAUCAAGGAGGAGAUGCAAGAGAUCCUGUCUCCCACUCCGCUAGAGCUGCACAAGGUGACAGUGAUUAAGGAUCCGGAAAGAGAUGACUUUGGCUUCAGUGUGUCAGAUGGUUUCUUGGAGAAAGGCGUCUAUGUAAACAUGAUCCGGCCAGAGGGUCCAGCAGACCGUGCAGGACUCAGGCCGUAUGACAGGAUUCUCCAGGUCAAUCAUGUGAGAACACGAGAUUUUGACUGCUGCUUGGCCGUGCCUCUUAUCACAGAAGCUGGAGAUAAACUGGAGCUGGUUAUUAGCAGAAAUCCAUUAACUCAGCCCGGUGUUGGUCAACCCCUCGACUGCCAUUCACUCUCAGCUCCUUUGACUCAUAGCCGAGACCACAGCAACAGCACCAUGGACCUGUGACAGCACACUAACCUGUCAAUUACAUCCUGAAACGGAAAUUCUCCCGGAACUGCUCUACAUGCCAUUCAACGGACCAUAUGUUGAACAGAUGUGACAGUUUUGGAUUUCGGUUUUCAGUAAAACAUAAGCAAUGAUCUGUGCUAAUGUUUCUUUUUAAACAGAACUGUGAUUAAAGUGAAACAGGAAGUGUGAAUGAGCUACUAGACCUUGUCCAACACUUACAGAAUCUUCUUGUUUGAAGAGCUGCUUCUUGUCCAGCGGCAUAAAAAAAAAAGAAAUGAUCCUGGAUGAAGGUCAAACUUUACACCAUUGUGUAUAGUGUGCACAUUUGUUGUCUUUUCAUGAUGGCCAUCAUACUUUAGAAAAUGCCCUUCAUAGAGUUUUCAUUAAACACUGUAUUUUUCCAUUAUCAAGCCAGUGGUUGAGUAAGCGUGGGCUGUUUGCUUAAGCAAGAUUGAAAAUAUGUUUGGCAUUGCCAGGCCAAGUACAGCCCUAGAAUUGGCUCUCUCUCUCUCUCUCUCUCUCUCUCUCAUUUCUAGUCAUUCUUUCUUGCCCACUCAUGCCCUGACUGAAGAGUGGACAAAAACAAUGCACAAGAGGAUUUCUUCUGCAGUAUUCUGGCUAAACUGAAACCUAAAAAGUGCUGUUUGAUUUCUGAACAAAACUCUGACAUGACAUACUAUUCCUUUAUUUGACAAAGGCGGUACAACCAUUUGGAUUUGUUUGUACAAGAAGACAAAUAAAUUUCUCACAUCUCCAACCAUACACACCUCUUCAAGCACUGAUGUGAAGAAAUAGAAACAAGCCUUUUAUACUAGUCACAAAAUGAUGUAAUCAGGACAAAUACACACACACACACACACACACACAUGCCAGUCCAUGCCAGUGUUUGCGCUUAGAUUUGAUACUGGGAAUGACUUUUCUGCUCAUGCACUUAAACCUUUCCACAUUUUCUAGUGUUACAUCCUGGAAUUAAACUUGGAUUUAAACAAAAAAAAAAAAAAGAAGCAGACUUUUUGAUGUGACUCCGUGUUGUAUAUAUUGAUCCUGAACUUAUUUUAUUGAUUUAUUUAUUUUUUUUCCCAUUCUACUUAGCAAAUUGCCAGGUUUUGUCAGCGACCAUUGAUAAACACCAAUUUUCAAUUCUUGCUCAAUUUGAUUGAGGUUUGGAAUUCUAUUAACUAACAUAUUCAGGUUCUUGGUUUCGAGUCACUCCAGCCUUUAUUCUAGCCUAUCUAGAUUCAGCAGAAUGCUUAGGGCCACUGUCCUACUGCGCAGUGAACCUUCACCCUGUGUCAAAUCUCUUUCUAGGGUUGCCAUGUAUUUGUCUCCAUCCAUCUUACCCUCAACUCUUCCCAGUUCCUACUCAUAAAAAAAAAAAAAAAAAACCAUCCUGAAAAUAUGACACAACCACCACCAUGCUUCAAAUGUGAAGAUGUUUCUCUCACAGUGAGGAGCAUUGUUUGGAUUCUCCUAAACAUAGAACUUUGUGCCAAGACUUUUGCUUUCCAAAUUCUUUUAGUCUCCAAAAUGUUAUAGGCUUUUUCCAUAAAGCCCAGCUUUGUGAAGUGUUCUGGGUAUAGAUGUCUUGUGAACUGCUUCUACCAUCUUAGCUGUGGAUGUAUUCAGCUCCUAUAGGGAGCUUUUGUCCCUUGUUUAGUUCUCUGACUAAUGAUGUCUUUACAUGGCUUCACUGAUCACACACUGAAUGAAUAUUUCCUUUGGCUUCAUGACGCUUUUUACUGUGGAGACUUCUGGGAAAAUAUAGGUAAUAGUUUUGAGAUGUUAUUUGCACAGAUAUGAACCCCCAUUUAAAUAAUUAUGUGAUAUCUAUUGACAAUCGGUUGUACCAGAAUUAGUUUUCCAGCAACAAUACUAAUGAAUCCUGAAGCAAUUUGACAUUUUUAUUUGUUAAUAAUUUCACAAGCUGUAUAUAUAUUCUCCUGCCUUUAAUAUUUUGAGCUCUGUAGAUUUAUGUGGAAUACAAUUCCAUAUAAAUCCAUUUCAAUUUCAGGUUGUAAGAGUAGAAAAUGUGGAAAAGUUAAAGGGGUUGGUGUUAAUACAUACAAGGCUCUGUAACUUUAACAAUGCAACUUCACCCUUCACCAUGUGUGUUCAGGACUCAAGGGCACAUUUCUUCCCUUUCACAAUGGGCUUUGUAGGCGAGCCAUGCUAUAACUGCUGAAGCUUGCCAAAUAUCUCAGACAUUUUGUUCAAGUUAUUUUCAUCUCACCUUCCCGAAAAAGGUCUCAUAAAUCUGUGUGUAGCCAAGUCACAUUUGGAAAGAUCAAACCUUUGGGUUUAGCCUGAUUUGAAGUCUGUUUUUUUCAGCACGCAUUUAUAAGAGGCAGACACUAAGUGGUCUGGUGUAGACUAAGGAUUGGCAGCUAGUGCAUUUAAAAAAAAAAAAAAAAAACAUUUCCAUUCCAUACAACAACCUCCACUUUAAGGGAAAAAAAAAAGUAAAAGAUUACACAAAUGAUCUAGUGAAUUUGCAAAAUGCAGCAACGUCUGAUUUUUGGGCAAAGCUUCCAGAUUGUUUAUUUGCCCUUAAAAUCAUGCCAUCCUUUAUAUAGACUGACUCUAAAAUCAUUCCUGUUGCCAUAAUAGUUUAUUUUCUGAGUAUUCAGUGGAAUUAUUUCCUGCCUUCUUUGCAGUCCUAAUGACCAUGCUGGAAAGCACAAGCGAGAUCUAUUUCUAAUAAAAACAGAAAGCACUCA